AUGUUGAAAAGGGAGGGUCCGGACAAACCUAUAAAACCGUCGGACUAUAUCUAUCUAAUGUUUCUCAACAUUAUGGCCAACAGUUCGUUCAAUGAAAACUACAAUAUCGAUGACGAGGAGUUCAAAAAAUUUAAAUAUGUAUUGAAAGAUAUUGAUAAUGAAUUUGUUGUCAAUUCAUUUUUAAAUGAAUAUAUAAAACCAUUUAAAUGGUUGGACCGAAAAAUUUAUGAAAAAAAACACAAAGCUUUUUAUGAUAUGUCUGAAUUGAUUUUGAAAAAAUUCAAAAACCAUUUCAAUGAUUACAAUCCAAAUUGUGAACGAGAUUUUUGCGAUGCACUGAUUGAUGCAAAAAAUGUUGCCCUAAGGGAUGGCCGCGAGUCGGCUAUCCAUCUAACCGAUGAUCGGCUGGCAAUGUGUGUGUUUGAUAUGUUUUAUGCCGGAAUCGAGACAUCGGAGAUAACAUUUCAAUGGUUACUACUAUUGUUGGCCUAUUAUCCAGAAAUGCAGAUCCGAUUGAAACAAGAAAUUGAAUCAGAAAUCGGUGACCGAUUGCCCCGACAUCAGGACAGACAACAAUGUCAUUAUGUGAUGGCAUUUAUAGCCGAAACUUUAAGAUUUAGAAAUGUUCCGCCAUUUGGUUUGGCGCACAAGUCUAUGGCCGACAGCAAAAUAGGAAACUAUACAAUACCUAAAGACACUAUUUUGUAUACAUAUCAGGGAAUUAUAUUGAGAAACAAUUGGGACACAAAAUAUUGGACGACUACUAAUGCCAAUGACUUUCUACCCGACCGUUUCAUCGACACUACUGACGGUACUUAUAGUACAACCGGUUGUUCGCCGGCAUUCAUACCGUUCGGUUGCGGACGUCGUCAAUGUUUAGGCGAAAGUUUAGCUAUCGCUCAGCUGUUUCUUGUUUUUGUCCGAUUUCUACAAUCGACACAAAACUAUGAUAUAGUUUUAGACAGUCAUCAGGGUUUGGAUGCCGAUCCAAAUAUAUCAAUAGUUAUUAGUCCUAAAACUUAUACGAUUGUAUUGAAGAGUAAAAUUUAA